GGUGUGGCGAAAAUUUUGUGGGGUCAUCUAAUGGUUAUGGUUGCUAUACCAAUAAACCAUGUGCACACAAUCUCAUUUCCUUCCAAAAGAAACACAACAUUACUAGAGUCUAAAUACAUAUAAAAGUUUAUAUGCAUGCUUUAUAGUGGGAAUCUGAAAGUUAGAGGGAGACAGCUAUCUUCACAGUUCCACGGGUCAAGAAAUUGUGCAAAUUUCAUAACCCUUUCAACUUUAAUUGAAAAGUAUCUAAGCCUUUUUCUUGGCCUUUCAUUUCCCCAAUUACUUCAACUUUGAUUUGAAACGGGCAUCUUCUUGUUCUGUUCUUCCUACCUCUGGAAUCUUCAUGAGGCUUCAGAUUUUUAUCAGUAAAGAAACACACACACACACACACACACACACACACACACAUAUAUAUAUAUUAUUACAACAAUUCUUUGUGUCCCACUCAAUUACAUAAUGUUAUAAUGCUUACUCUGUCUGUGUCAUUGAUCAAAGCCAAAUACACACACCCGCUUGGUUUGAGAAAAACCUCUUAAAUAUAGAAGCAAUACUAGUUAGUGGCUUUUUUUUUUUUUUUUUUAAUAUAUAUAUAUAGUGGCUUGGACACCUACUUCUCACUCAUUUCUCUUUCUCUGUUUAUGUAUCUGCUGUGAUAACACAUAAGAAAUCUCCUACCACUAGCGUCCCCAAAACCCACAGUCGUACAAGUACUCAUAGCUACUCAAGAAUUUGGCUGUGUAUAGAGCCCUGUUUUCCUCGUUUGAUUUCAUAUUUUAAAAUUCGUUCUCUGUUCUCUCUUUUCUCUCUCUGUCGGUGUCUGAAACUAGAAAAAUUAUCAUAUCCCUCAAAAAAGCAAGAAUAAAAAAAGAGCAAACUUUGAUAUUCUUCACAUGGCUUCUUUACUCCCAAGUCUUAAGAACCCAAAUCUUACCUUACCCACCAACAACUCUAAAGCUAACCUCUUCCCAAGACAACAUGACUAUUAUUACCAUAUAAAAUCGAAAACUCUCAUCGUUUCUGAUACAAAACUUUUCUCAUCACCUAAGCUCAAAAUAAGCAUCCGAUGUUCUUCAGUUUCAAGUGACUAUGCAGAAGCAGAAACCAUUUUAUCCCCACAGUUCGAUCAAGACGACGAUGAUGACCAUGAUCACCAUGAUGAUGAUCAUGAUGAUCCUGAAUCCCUCCUCUUCCAUGAGGACCAGAGGCCACUGAGCGAAAUCUGGAAAGAAAUUCAAGGAAUCAACAACUGGGAAGGACUUCUAGACCCUUUGAAUUCCCAUCUCAGGAAGGAAAUCAUCCGCUAUGGAGAGUUUGCUCAAUCCUGCUACGACUCUUUCGAUUUCGACCCUCACUCCAAGUACUGCGGCACUUGCAAGUAUCAAGGAGCUCAUUUCUUCGAAAAGAUGGACAUGGCAGAUCGAGGCUACCAAAUCAGCAGAUAUCUGUAUGCAACAUCUAACAUCAACCUCCCCAAUUUCUUCCAGAAGUCCAAAAUGAGCAGCGUUUGGAGCACGCAUGCAAACUGGAUGGGAUACAUCGCGGUAGCCACCGAUGAGGACGAGAUCAAACGGUUAGGCCGCAGAGAUAUUGUCAUCGCAUGGAGAGGCACUGUCACUUACCUCGAAUGGAUUUACGACCUCAAAGACAUUCUCAGGUCGGCCAAUUUCCGCGGCCGAGACGAUUCGAUCAAGAUCGAAUCCGGUUUCUAUGACUUGUACACCAAGAAAGAGCAUGCCUGCAAGUAUUGCUCAUACUCUGCUCGAGAACAAGUCCUUGCAGAGAUCAAGAGGCUAAUCGAAUACUAUGAAGGGGAAGAAAUCAGCAUCACCCUAACUGGACACAGUCUCGGUGCUGCUCUAGCCAUAGUGAGCGCUUAUGACAUAGCAGAGAUGAAGCUAAACAUUGUUCGAGACGUAGCCGGAGAAGAAAUUGUGAGGAAAAUUCCAAUCACGGUGUUCUCUUUCUCAGGUCCAAGAGUUGGUAAUCUCCAUUUUAAAGAACGGUGUGAUGAGCUAGAUGUCAAGGUGCUAAGAGUGGUGAACGUUCACGAUGUUGUGCCUACGGUGCCUGGAAUUCUAGCGAACGAGAAGUUCCAGUUUCAGAAAUACAUAGAGGAAGCGAUUUCGUUUCCGUGGAGCUAUGCUCAUGUUGGGAUAGAACUAGCACUUGACCACACACACAGUCCAUUUCUUAAAGCUACAAAUGACCUUGGAUGCGCUCACAAUCUUGAAGUCCAUUUGCAUUUGGUCGAUGGCUAUCAGGGGAAAGGAAGGCGAUUUCGGUUAGCGACGAAGAGGGAUAUAGCUCUUGUCAACAAGAACAGUGACCUUUUGAGGAAUGAAUAUGGAGUGCCGCCGAAUUGGAGACAAGAUGAGAACAAAGGGAUGGUGAGGAAUAGUGACGGCCGGUGGGUUUUGCCGGAGAGACCUAGAGUUGAUGCUCAUCCACCGGAUAUGGCUCACCAUCUUGAACAAGUGCUCAAGAUUGCAAGUUCAUCAUGAAAUACUAGCAAGCUAAGCUUUCAUUAAAUUAUAUUGAAUGUGAAAAUUGUACCACUGACCAAACCACCUUAGAGUAAUUCUACAACAUUCCUAGCUAGCUAUUUGUGCUUAUCUACUAUACACGCGCAUAUAUAUUAUGACCUUAUGUUUGUAGCUUCUUGUAAAAUGAAUAUUAUUGUGGUUUGUUUA